AAUUGUGUGGAUGUGAAUUUCCAAAGCAAGCUUAAACUAAGUAAUAUAUGGAAUAACACGAUUAAAUUAUAUCAUUUCAUAAAACUUGUAGCAGUUUGGGUAGAGGUAGAUGAGUGAUAUCGAUCCAAACAAGCUUAAAGUUGCCGAAUUGCGCGAGGAAUUGAAGUCGCGUGGGCUAGACACCAAAGGAACAAAACCGGUAUUAGUCAAGCGUUUAAAAAAGGCAUUAAAUGAGGAAAAGGGAGGAUCGGUUGCUGACGAGUCCGUUGAUUCUCUCGCCGAUGAAUCGCAAGAGGCAUCAACACUAGAUGACAGUACCUCCCAGGAGUCUCCCACCAAGAAUGAUCAAACAGAAAAUGCACCAGCACAAGAAACACCUGAAGUAUCAGCGGAGGCACCAGCUGAGGAGCAAGAAUCAGAUGUAGCAGAAAAAGUGGCACCCACUCAGGAAAGUGUUAAAGCUGAGGAAGCACCUGCGCCGGCUUCUGAACCAGUCCAGGCCAAACCAGAACCUGUCAAAGCUGAACCGAAGACAACUGAUAAAGAGCCAUCCAAAACAAAUGAAGAGCCCAUGGCAACAGAGAGUGAGGCAGUAAAACAGGAGGAGGCAGAGACGGCCAAUGGUGUGGAUGUAAAGAAAGAAACUGACGAAGAGAUGACAACCGUCGAGCAAUUGUCUGAUGAUGGUAAAUCUAGAAAUUAA